CAAGCAACAAGGAAUCUUGUUAAGCUCUGCUGCUUGCUAAUUGGUCAUUGAACCUGUCAGAGACGCUCUUAUUCUGCUUUUGUUUUGGGUCUUCGCGUACGCCGUCUACCGAGAGUGUGUCGCUUGUCGUGUCUUUGUUUGCUCUCGUAAUUUCAACACUAAAGAAUCCAAUAACCUUAGUAUUCAUUCGUUAUUCAGAAAUAAGUUUAGUGUUUGAUUGGGCUAUUUUGGAAAGUCAUUUGUGGUUUGGUGAAGAGGUGUCCCGGAGAAGAAGCUUAGUUUAUAUAAUUUAAUAUUUUCAUUGCUUAUUGAAUUUCCGUUGAAAUCAGCUCUUGUUUUUAAGUCCAUGAUGUCAAAUCAAAACGUAUCAGAGUCUCCCAAUAGGAAUGUUAAGCGUCUAUCGAUAGAUAUUCCGCCCAUGGUGAAUCCGAGUCAAAGUCAACAACUGCAACAGCAAAAGCAACCAAGUAGUCAAGACAAGUCCAAAACCAAAAGCGAUUUGGAAAGACCUAUAGGAGGAGCUUUCAAAAUACCAAAAGAGAAACUAUUAUCCCCGUCUAUUGAAAAUAAAUUAUAUGAUUCCAAUCUUAGUUCUCCUUUUGCAUCUAAUAAAACAACUUCAAAUAUUCACCAAGGAGGUGUAUCCCUUUCUGAUACUCCAUUAACUUCAAGUAAUGAAAAUUCAUCGCAAAAUAGUACUACUACUUUACAUGCUCCCAAUAAUAAAACCGCUCCUCCGCUAAAUAGUAAUUUCAAGAUACCAAAGGAAAAACUAAUAUCUCCUCAACUGGAAUCAAAAGCAAUUCGACCCCAUCCUUCUGCUGACUCAAGCUCAAAAUUUACAUCUACCUCCUUAAAUCCUCAGUUAAAUGGUACUGCUUCUCCAGUAAACUCCGCCUCAGCAACAAACCCUGAUGAGGUAUCAACUGGGAAUCGUAAUACUGCUAAUAGGUCGCAAAAUCCUUCUUCAAAUAUUGGCCAAUCUCCCAUUCUUACCACCACUAAUAAUAAUCCAUACACUUCUGCUAACGGUAAUCUUAACCAAAAUAGUGGUGGUAAUUCUAACCUAGUAUCCAAUUCCAAUCAUCAACCUUCUGCUUCUUCUGCUUCUGCUCUCCGUAAUAAACAAAUUGUUUCAAAUUUGAAUAAAUCUUUGAAAGCAAAACAAAAGAUUAUAAAUGGUAAAGAACCUCAUCCAAAAAAUCCAACCUUAAUAUCAGAAAUCGUCAAUACCUCUCCAAAAUCUACCACUUUCCCAAGUGGUAUUACCGGUAAUGAGUCUACGGUUUCUAUAACUUCAAAUCAACAAGUUGUUAAUCCUUCUACUAAUGAACUAGAGGAUCUGAAAGAUUUGAAUUCGUCUGCAGUUAAGCAUGAUAACAAUGAUUCUAAUACUACUAAUAACAAUAAUAAUAAUAAUAAUAAUAAUAAUAAUAAUAAUAAUAAUACUAAUACUAAUCCUACCCCUAAUGCUAAUAAUAAUACGAAUACUAAUACUAAUACUAAUACUAAUACCAAUAAUAAUAAUAAUAAUCUGGUUAAUGAUAAUCUUCAAACCGUUCCAACAACUUUAAAUAAUCAACCUACGGCAACUAAUACCAAUAACGAUACUUCAACAAAUACAAAAUCAAAUAAACCAAAGACUAAAAAAUCUUCAAAACAAAAUUCCACUAGAACUGACUUUUUCGCUGCUAAACUAGCUAGUGCUGUUGAUGACGUUGAAAGUUCUGAUAGUGAUGAAACUUUUGUUUAUGAAAAUAAUAACUUGAAUGAUUAUGAUGAUGAUAAUACUAAUUCAAUUAACAAUAAUGUUAAUGUUCCUAAUCCCUCUUACACUCCUCUCCCUCCUCAUUCCAAUCCUCUAUCACCAGAUGGUACGACCCCAAAUAAUAACUUGGAUGCUUCAAACAGUCCCCUUCAAGUUGCUGGACCUAAUCCCCAUGUUCAAAAUCAAGGAAAUACCAUUCCAGGUAAUAAUCAACCUCAAAGUUCUCAAAUUCAACCGGUAGUAGAAGGGUCUGUGACUUCUUCUAUAAAACCUGAUGAUGAUUAUAUUGGACAUCCCAUAAGACGUGCUGAUUCAAUAAAAUCAAUUCAUUCAUUCAAAUUGAAUAAUGCUGCUCAUACACCAAAACAUUCGAAAAAUGUAAAAUCGCCCCAACAAUCUCAAUCACAACCAACCCCUUCUGCAUCUUCUACAGGUACUCCUUCCUUACCCUUUACCUCAAACCAUCAAAUUCAUCAACCUCAACCUUUCCAUUCUCCACUCGAUAAUUCAUAUGAUAGUAAUCAUUAUCUUGACCAUAUAUUAAAAUCAAGACCUUCCACUCAGAGACAAGGCUCAACUUUCUCGUUGGCCCAUUCAACCAGUAAUAAUGAUGAAAGAAAUUUUGCCGAUCUUAAUAAUCAAAAUAUUAAUGCAACUGGUAAAGCUUUAAGUAAUUUCAGUCAUUCCCCUCUUAGUCAUUACGCUUCCAAUGUAAAUGCUCAUCCUGCUAUUCAUAAUCCAGUUCAAAGUUUUGGUAUUAAUUAUCAUACUUCCCGUACUCAAAGUAUUAAUGAUGAUGAUCAUUAUUCGUAUGAUGAAGUUGAUGAUGAUGCUGAAAUUGACGAUUUAUCAACAGAAGGUGAUUAUUUCAACAAUAAUCAAAAUAACACUGUUUCCAUGAAUCCUAACCCCAAUAACCUUAAUGGUGUAAAUCAAGCAGCUGAUGAUAAUAAUAAUAGUAAUGGUAGUCUGAAUGCUACAUAUAUUAACCAACAAUUGAAUCAAGGAAUUAAAAACAAUGAUAAUACUACAGUUACUAGUAAAAAUACUUCAAAGAAGAAUUAUAAAUCUUCAAAUAAUUCUUCAAAAUUAAGGUCAACAACUUCUAAACUAUUUGAUAAAAAAGGUAGUCAACCUAGAAGGUAUAGUAUUAUUCCUGAUGAUUUCGAUAUUGAAGAUUUCGAUGAUGAAUUAAUUUAUUAUGAUCAUAAUAUUAGAUUUCCUCAUAAUGGUACUAAUAAUAAUAGUGGUAUUUUAAACGAAAAUUCCCCCUUGAUUAAUCAAGGUAGUAACAGUCAUUCUAGAAUUCCACAUUAUAGAUCUCUUAAUUUAAAUUUGCAAGGUGGUAAGAAAGCUUCAAGUCUCAUCAAGAAUAAAAGAUACUUAUCGAUGGGUCCUUCUCAUACCCCUACUAGUGGUGGUAAUAUAAGUCCUCCAUUAGGCAAUAAUAAUAAUAAUAAUAAUAAUAAUGCCAACCCCAAUCCUAAUCCUAAUACUAAUAGUGACAUUUUCCCAUUCCCUUAUCCUGAUCCUAUGCAAAAUUAUUACUAUGAUUUGGAUGAAUACGAUGAAGAAAGCCAGUUAAUCGAUCAUAAGAGCUUUAACGGUGGAAAUGGUGGUCGUCAUCCACAUUUAUCACCAAGCACCGGACAUUUCUUUUUACCACGAAAGGUUUCCAAAAACAAUCUUAACAAUAGCCGUAUCAAUUGCAUAAAAAGUUUUCUUUAUACUUUAAUUGGUAUACUUUGUAUAUUGGCUAUCGGAUUUGUUUCGGGCUUUGUAUUGGCAUCAACAAAGGACUUGACCAAUGUUAAUAUUAUUGGUGUUGAAAAUACUUUGGUCAGUCAAGAUGAACUACUUUUUAAUAUUGUCGUCGAGGCUUAUAAUCCAGGAUGGUUUACAGUUGUUAUCGAUGAGGUUGAAUUGGAUGUAUUCGCUAAAAGUGGGUAUUUACCUGACAACGCGGUAGAUGGUGGAUCUUCUGGUAUUUCUGUCAAUAGCAUGGUGGAAACUGUUCUCUUGGGAAGCGUUUUCUCUUUAGAGUCUUCUCUAUCUUUUGAAGGAGGAUUUUUUAAUCGUGAUCCAAUUCAACAAACUGGUGCCAUUAAAUUGUUGUCUCCUGGUAAAAACUUGACGAAUUUUAACAAUAACUUCAUUUUGGGUAAUGACCGAGAUUAUUUCAAAAUUUUACCAACUGAGUUUGUCUCAAAGGGUAACUCUACUGAACCUGAUAACUCAAAGAAAUGGGAGAUCAUCUCCAAAAAUCCUUUCGACCUUAUAAUAAGAGGUAUUUUGAAAUACAAUUUACCCAUGACUAAAAACACUAAAUCUGUUGUGGUCAAUAAAGUACAAUACGUUGAUCCAAAUCAAGAUGGAUUAUCAGGAUAA